AUGAACGUCGUUGCAUCGGUGGGAACGUUUGUGUACAUUCGUGUCAAAUGCCAAACUCGCGCUAUCCAUCAACGAUUGAGUUUCGCAUUAUCUGCAGCUAGUUGCUUUUCUGUUGGACUUUUCUUGGGUAUCUGUUACUUGGGACUCUAUCACAGUGCGGCUACCAAAAUGUUGCACGUACAGAAUAAAUUACCGCAUGACAGAUGGUUAAAAGCGUAUCCUAUUUCUGAGACAAUUUUGUGCUUGGGAUUUUUCGUUCUGUGGAUCCUAGAGUGGCUUAUUCGUGCCUUAUGCGAUCGUCUAUCCAGCAAUGUAUCCCCAUCAAGGUAUACCGAGUACAAUCCAGUCAAGGUGCUCUCCAUGACUGCGUUCCGAUCCCACUUCACCACUGGAGAUCCAGAGGAUGAGGUGGACCUUCUUGGUGCUCAUGAAGGACACACUCCAUCAGAAUUCACACCCGUUCAGUCCACCCCAAUAACACUGGAGACAAAGUCGGAAAAGAAAAUGGUUGGUGCUUUUCCGGGUACUGAUAGUAUUCUCAAAUCACUCAUGUUGACUUUGGCGAUGGGAAUUCAUGCAUUUCUAGAAGCUCUUGGUUUCGGUCUUCUGGAUACAACCAACGAGGUGAGUAAAUCCAUGCUGACAUUUUCUGCGUCUUAG